UCAUCCCAAGCGUUCUGUACUUUAUAAAAGUUUAUUUAUUUAUUGUUUUAUUAAAAGUGUCUUAAAAGUGUCUCAAAAUGUUAACAACAAUUUAGUAUUUAGUGAUAAAAUAAUAUUUAAUCAACCUUGUUAUUAACAAAGAAAAAAAAACAAUGUUUUUCCAGAUAAAUGUUACUCCAGAGGCAAGAAAGCCUCAAAAAUUGUCAACAGAUCAUUCAGAGCCCCAGUCAGUUCUGGUUUUGGCGCCAUUUCAGCCUCAAACUCAUAUAAAUCUUGAGACAACUGUCAAUUCAUCAGCAUCAACAACAUUGUUAAUUAAAAAUCCAGGCAAUCGACAGCUAGAUGUUAAAGUCUCAAAGCUGCCUCCAGAUGAGAGAAAAAUAUUGUUAAAUCCAUGGACAGUAAGCAUUCCAUCUGAGAGUCAAGCAGAGCUAACAAUAUCAUGGACUCCAAAAGAAGCUGGAUCAUGGCGUGAUACACUACAAUUGAUUGAUUCACGUAGAAUAAAACAUGACAUUGCCAUUAUAACAACAGCUACUCAAGCAAAAAAAAUACAAACAAAAACAAAAACACGAAUUCUUGCACCAACAAAUGAUAAUAAUAUACAACAAACAUUUAACAAUAAUCAACAAUCAUUAUCAUCAUUAAAAUGUCAAGAAAAUAAAGAAAAUAAUUGUCAAAAAAGAUCUGAAAGAAAACACUUUGAUGUAUCAUCAAAACCAACUGAAAUAUCUGGUAUAUUUGAUAUAAGUAGCUAUCAAUUAACACCAAUUAAAAAUGAUAAUAAUCGUGUUAAAUCAACAAUAACAUCAGACAUAAAAUUUUCUCCUGGUAAUGGUAUAACAUCACCAAAUAAUAAUCAUGAAUAUCAACUACGUCGUGAGACAUUUGUACAUCCAAAUAUUCAUCAUGAAUUACCAUCACCAUUUGAUGAUAGUGAUGUUGAUCCACGUCGUGAAACAUAUGUUAAUCAAAAUCCAAAAUUUUGUAAAUAUAAAUGUACAACUAAGGAAGUUGAAGAAGAAAUUUACGAUGAUGAUUAUCGUUCAUAUUCACCAGAACCAACAACAUUUAAAGCAACACAUUCUGAUUUUUCAAUGAUGAUUGAUAAUUUAGCAAAUUUUGUGACACCAAUUAAAACAAAUAGAUUAUCAAUAAAUGCAUGUUCAACUGGACAAAAAAGCGAUACAGAUAAAUCAAUUGGAAAUACAACAUUUGAAAUAAAUUCAUCUGAUGUUGUUGUAAAUAAUAAUGAAACAUUUGAGUAUGAUAAAUCACCAAUAAGACCAACCAGUAUCAAUUUACAACCAAAUAAACUUGUUGAUAAUUUUGGCAAAAUAUCACCAGUUAAAGGUAUGGAUUCAUUGAUUAUACCAGCAACUCCAAUAUCAUCAUCACCUGUAUCUCGAUAUCAGUAUGGUGAAAAUGUAUCAGUUAGAGAUGUUCUUGAAGCUGAUCUUUGGGUUAAAAAUCAAGAUACAGCUUAUCAUCAUCAACAUCAACAACAACAACAACUGCAACAGCAAGCAUCAUCAUCUGUAUUUCGUAGUAAAUGUAAUGGUCUUGAUAAAAUUAUUGAAGAACAAGUUACAUUUACAACACAAACAUUUACAAGAACAUUAAAUUAUUCAUCAUCAAAUCAAUCAGCAUUUUGUUUUGAAAUAUCACCAACAAAAAGAGUUAAUAUUAAAAAAUCAAUGUCUAUAAAACGAUCAUCUACAACAUCAACAUCAACGUCUAUCAAACGAAUAUCACCAAAAAAAACAUUAAAAAUAAAUAAAGAAAAAUCAAUAUUACAACAUUCAGUUAUUAAAAAAAAAUCAAUUGUUAAUAAUUCAAUUAGAAAAAGUCCUGGAGGUGGAUGUACAAUACCACCAGUUAGAAUAAAAAAAUUAUCAUUAGCUGGUUUAAAUAAAACAGUUGUAAAACCACAAAAGAAAGAAACAAUUGUUAAAAUGUAUGAUCCAAAUGAAUUUAUAUUUCAUAAUCCAGAUCCAUUUGCUGCAACAAUGACUGAGGAUCCAUUUUUAGCAAGUACACUUUAUUAUGAUGAAAAAUGGAUAUUUCAACAAGAAAUGGAAUUUAAAAAAUGGCUUAAUGAAUUAUUAACACCACCUGAACAUUUAAAUACUGAUAUUGAUACAGUUAAAAUUGAUAUUGCUAAAGUAUGGCAAUCAUCAAGAUUAAAAGAUAAUAUAACACUUGCUGAAACAAAAGAAGCUGUAUCAGCAAGAUAUCAUACAAAUACAAGAUUAAAUACAUUAAGAAAAGCAGCACUUGCUAUUUUUACACGUGCUGAAGUUAGAAAAGUAUUAUCAUCAACAGCUGGACUUGUUGAACGUGGUAUAUUUGUUGUUAGACAAGAUCGUGAUCUUAAUCGUGAUAUUGGAUUACAAAAAAUAAUACUUGAACUUUUAUUAAGUUAUAAUCCGUUAUGGCUAAGAAUUGGUCUUGAAGUUAUUUAUGGUGAAACAAUACCACUUAAUUCAAAUAAUGAUUUAAUUGGAUUAACAAAAUUUUUAUUAACAAGAUUUUUUAAUGAUCCAUUCAUACAACAAAAACAUUCACAUCCAUUAACGACACUUAAAUUAUCAUCAUUUUUACCAAAUUUAAACAAAUUUAUUGUUAAAAAAUUUUUAUUAUUUGUUUAUUUUGUUGAUUAUGCAAAAAAUAAUAAAUUAAUUGGUCAUGAUCCAUGUCUUUUUCAUAAAAAAGCAACAUACAAAGAAAGUCGAGAAAUAUUAUUGACAUUUUCACGUGAAACAUUGAGUGGUGUUGGUGAUAUAACAAAAAUAUUAAGAACACAUGGUUAUAUUGUUACACAAAAACAAACAUAUAUUGAUGAAUAUGAUUAUGCUGUAAAAGAUUUAUCAGUUGAUUUACGUGAUGGUGUUAGAUUAUGUCGUGUUAUGGAAUUAAUAACUGGACUUAAAACAUUAACAUGUCGUUGUCGUGUACCAGCAAUAUCACGUUUACAAAAAAUUCAUAAUGCUGAACUAGCAUUAACAGCAUUACGUGAUUCUGGUUAUAUUAUUGCUGGACAUAUUGAUGCUAAAGCAGUUGCUGAUGGUCAUCGUGAAAAAACAUUAUCACUUCUUUGGCAAAUAAUUUAUAAAUUUCAAGCACCAAGAUUUUCAAAAUCAGCAAUGAUUAUACAAAAAUGGUGGCGAUCAAAAUUAUGGUAUAUUAAAAUACGUAAUUUUUUGAAAAAUAGAAAAUUAAAUGCUGCUAUUGUUAUUCAAUGUUCUUGGAGAAGUUUCAAGGCACGUCAAUUAAUGAAAACACUGAAUAAUCAACGUCAAACUGAAAUUAUUAAGAAAAAUAAUGCAGCAAAAAUUAUUCAAGCUUGUUGGAGACAAAGAAAAAUUAUGUUAAAACUUAGACAUGAAUUUUUGGAUACUCAAAAAGCUGUUGUUGUUAUUCAAAAAUGGUUUAGAAGACUUCGAGUAACUCGACCAUAUUGUCAGCAGCUUGAAGCAAAGAAAAAUGCAAUUGUUACUAUUCAGAAACAUUGGCGAGCAACUCGUAUGAUGCUAAUUGAACAAAAAAAAUACAAUAAUAUUCUAAAGUCUGUUAAUUUAAUUCAGCUAUGGUGGAGAAAUGCCUCAGCAUCAAAAAGACAAUUUAACAAUUACCAAAAACUAAAAACAACUGUAUUAUUUGUUCAAUCAAGAUGGAGAGCUAAUAAGUCAAUGAAAAUUACAAAAUCAUUAUACAUGAAAAAGCAAGAAGCCACAAAAAUUAUUCAAAGCUGGUGGCGAAUUGUUGCUCAAAUGAAAAAAGUUAGAAAUAAUUUUGUUAUUCAAAAAAGUGCUGCUAGAAUUAUUGCUUCAUGGUGGAUUCGUUUAAAGCUACUAGAAUCACAACGUAAUGAAUUUUUAAAUGUUAAAAAAAAUGUAAUAGUCAUUCAACGAGCUUGGAGACGUCAUCAUGAGACGAAAAAUCAUGUCUUGUAUUUCAAGAAAGUUUGCAAUUCGUCAAUUGUCAUUCAGACCUGGUGGAGAUGUGUUAAAAUUCAAAAUGAUUAUAAACAAAAAAGAAACAGUGCUAUUGUCAUUCAGAGCUGGUUCAGAGCAAUCAUUAACAAACAGAUAGCACAAAAAAAUUAUAACUCAUUGAAAAAAGCUGUAGUAAUUAUACAGAAAAAUUGGAGAAUGAAAUUGAGCAAGAAAAAAUAUUCCUCAAUGAAAGAGAGUGCUUUGAAGAUUCAAAGAUGGUAUAGAAAUAUUAAAAAAUCAAAAUCAAUUCAUCUGGAGUAUCUUGCAAUGAAAAAAUCAGCAGUUUGUAUCCAAAGCUGGUGGAGAUGUUUGAAGAAAACUUGGUAUUAUCGUUCAAAGUAUCUUGAAAUUAAAAAUGCAACAAUGGUGAUACAAAACCAUUGGCGUGCUGAGCUUUUAUCAAGAAAAGAAUCACAAGAAUAUCAAAGAAUAAAAAUGUUUAUUAUUAAAUUUCAAAGUCAACUACGAAUGGUACAAGUUCAAAGAAGCUAUUUAGAAAAAUUAAAACGUCAUAAAGCUGCAAUAAUAAUCCAAAGAAAAUGGCGAGCUUAUAAAAUUGGUACUGAGAUUAAAAAUUAUUAUAAUAAACAACGUUCAGCUGUUAUAAUUUUUCAAAGAAAAUAUAGAGCAACAAUUGCAGCUCGUGAAGCUAAAAAAACAUAUCAAGAUAUUCUUGAAAUAAUAAUUAAAACACAAAGAAAAUGGAGAAUUGAAAGAAAAUAUCGGGCUACUGUUAAAGCAAGAGAAGUUAGAAAUGAAUAUUUGAAACUUCAUAAAACUGUUGUUAAUUUACAAAAUCGUUGGAGAGCAAAUAAACUUUGUAAACAAGAACAAAUGAAUUAUCAAAAUAUUCGUAAAUCUUGUAUUUAUCUUCAAGCAAAUUGGAAAAUGUUAUUAGCAAGAAGACAAUUUGUUAAACAAAAAAAUGCAGCUUCAAUGAUUCAACAAAAAUACAGAGCAACAAAAUUAGCUUGUCGAGUUCAAAAAGAUUACAAACUUCUUCAACAAUUGCGAAAAGCAUGUAUUGUUAUACAAGAAGAUUGGCAAAUGAUUGUUGCAAAAAGAGCAUAUGAAAAACAUAAACUUGCUGUUGUAUUUAUUCAAAGAAAAUAUCGAGCAACAAUUGAAGCCAGAGAGUCAAGGCAAUCGUUCCUGAAUCUUCGUGAUGCUGUUGUCAAGAUUCAACGAAAAUGGAGAGCCAAAAUUCUAGCAAAAAAAUGUCAUCAAGAGUAUCAACAACUUUAUCAAGCUUCUAUUUGUCUACAGUCACAAUGGCGAAUGAUAAAAGCUCAAAGAAAUUAUAACAAAAUAAAAAAAUCUGUUAUAAUUAUACAAAAUUAUUGGAGAACAUUUUUAAUUUCUCGACAAACAAGAGCUCAUUAUUUGGCACUUAAAAAAUCAACAAUAAAUAUACAACAACGUUAUCGUGCCAAAUUAACUGGUCAAAAAAUUCGUAAAAAUUACAUCAAAUUUUAUGCAAGUAUCAUCUCAAUUCAGCAACAAAUACGUGUUAAAUUACACAAAGAAAAAUGUGAAAAAGCAGCAUCUGUGAUACAAAAUUGGUGGCGAUUAAAAAAAUUAACUGAAAAAUGUCAAAAUGAUUUUAAAAUUCAAAUAUUAUGGCGUUAUAUUUAUAAGAAAAAAUGUCAAAAUGAAUUAUUAAAAAAACAUAAAUAUGCUGUAUUAAAAAUUGAAAAUUGGUGGUUAAAUAAACGACAGCUGGACAAUAUUGAAAAACAAAAAUUAAAAAAAAUAAUAAAAAGUGUUAUAUUGAUACAAUCAAUAUGGCGUGGUUAUAAAAUACGUAAAAUUGAAUCACCAAUAAUUGCAAAACUUCGUGAACGUUCUAAAAAAGCAACUGAAUUAGCAAAACCAUCAUCAAGUGUUGAAAAUAAACUACGUGAUGCAAUGAUUGUAUUACAAAAUUAUAAUUCAGUUGGUCAUUUAUCAAUGGGAUUAGCUUGUAUUGAUACAUUAACACGUUUAUCACCAUCUGGAUGUUUGUCAUUUUGUGAAAAUAGUUUGGUUGAAAAAAUAUAUACAAUAUUAGAAGAAUCAAAUCGUUCAUUACCAUGGAUGGAUGUUUGUUUACGUUGUACAAAUAUAUUAAUAACAUUAACAAAAUUACCAACAACAUCACAUUAUACAAGAGAAAUAUAUUACAUGGAAACAAUUGCUAGAUUAUUAAAUGCAACAAUAAAACGUGAACAUGAAUUAUUUCUUCAUCUUGCAACAUUAUUAUGGUUAAUUGCUGGUGAUGAUAAUUUUGCCCAAGAAAUUAUUAAUAAUCAACGUACAAUUUGGCUUAUUAAAAAUAUUUGUGGUACAGCUGUUAAAUAUAACAAUGGAAAAGCAAAUGGACAAUUAACAAUUUCUGGUGGUAAAAGAACAAUGUCAGUUGAAAAAACAAUUUUAUUACCAAACACAAGACCUGACUGGGGAUUUGUAACAAAACGUCCACGUAUUUUUACAACAAUUCAUCAUGCCAUAAGUGCCCUAAUGGCCAAAUUUAAAAUAACACAAGGAUUUCAAUGAUUUUUUUUAUUUUUAAAUAUUUAUAAAUAUUAUAAUAUUUUAGUUUAUCUAAUAAUUAAUUGGAAUGUUUUUUUCUUUUUUUUUUUAAUAUUUAUUAUUAUAUUGAUCGAAAAACUUUGUUAAUUACCAGUGGAAUGUUUGGUUUUUUUUUAUUUCUUGCAGUUGUGAAUGUAAAAAAAAAAAAAU